AUUACUUCUAGUAAAAGGCCAUGCUUAGAAACCCUGAAGUUAUUCUAGAGACUGUUGGCCAUGUUCUGUCAGGAGUAACCUUAGACCUAAGCCAGUAUGCCAUGGAGAUAGGAAAAAUCCUAGCGACUCACCUACAUUCAAAAGAAGACUUAUGUCGAGAAGAAGCAAUAACAGCAUGCCGGAACUUGGCAAGCCAGUGUAGCAACCCUCAGCCUGUUCAGGAUCUCUUAGAACACAUGUUUGGCAUCCUUAAUGGGUCAGGUGGUAAGCUUACAGUAGCAGCUCAGAGACUCGGAGUGUUAGGAGGCAUAGGAGCACUCAGCCACCACACAGUGUCGGGAAGUCAGUCUCUUAGUGAAACAGCUGCUGAGCUCUUUAUAGGUGUACUCAAACAAGAGGUACAUGAAAGAACAUUGGUACAUGCACUCAAGAUGCUAGCCCUCUGGUGUGCAAAGUUUACUACUCAAGUCCCUUCCAGUCUUGUGGAAUGGUUCAAGACAGGUUUAGGCCUGAAAACUACGUCCUUGGCUGUACGAGUUGCUUACAUAAAGUGCAUGAAUGCCGCAUUUCAUGGAAACACACUGUUGCAAGCCUUGGACUUGAGCCCUAUCCUUGUAAAGAUUGUAGAGAAAGGCCAAGCUCAACCUUCUCAGAUACCCGUCGUCACGGAAUCUUUGUCAGCAGCCUGUCUCCUGAUGAAGCUUUACUCGGCAGAUGUUCAAGCUGAAAACAAACUGAAAUCUGUUAUUACUGCCUUGUUGGACAUCGACAAACAACCUUUUUUUAUUGAGAAGUUCCUGAUUACAGCUAGUGAAGAAACACUCUACUCUGUAAUCCAGCUGGUUGAAAGAUUGAUUCUGGAGCAUAGUCAGGAGCUGGUGGGUAAAAUUAGCCUUGUUGAAAAAGCGUUGCUAUUCUUAAUGACAAGACCAUCUCUUGAACUGCGACAACAGGCACAUGCAACUACUAGAAAGCUGGUUUCUGUUUUGGGAGGAACCGAGCUGGCUCGUUCUCUUCUUAAACAGUUUCCUUCCUUCGUUGAACAACUCAAUCUACAGGAAGAAGCAGAUAAAGAAAACAAAGAAAAUGAUGUGGGUGUUUGUGAUGAUGGAUCUUCGAAGACUGUUACCGCUCACAUCUUGGAAGAAUGUCUUCUGACCUUGUGUCAGGAGACUAAUCUGGACAUAAAUGAUAGAGAAAUCUUAGGACUAGAAAGUUUACUUCCAUCAAACUUACCUGUUAUUGUCCGAAGUAAGCCAGAUUUGUGGGAGAAGCUUUUAAAAAGAUUGAAGCUCAAUCCAAAGUCUUUCACAAGAGCAUAUGUCGGAGGACUUUCGAGCUCUACCAUCUAUGUAGAAGCAGUAACACCGGUAAGUCUUAACCAUAAUGAAAACAGAAGAUAUAGAUACUGUGUUUCAAAAUAA